AUGUGGAACUGCCCCAAGUUUGUCGAAGAACCGAUCAUCGAUGCAACUCGUGUGGUCCACCCACUGUCGAAGCUUGUUACAGAGCAUUUCGUGGCGAAUACUGUGAGUUCUGGUGGUGAUUCUACAAGAAUCAAAGUCUUCACAGGACCAAAUGCAUGCGGCAAGAGUAUUUACCUGAAACAGGAAGUUGGCCUCUCGUUGCUAGCGUCGACUAUAUCUUACUGGGCUGCGAAGGGACAAACCGGCUGCCCUCAUGUUUUCGUUUCAUCCCACUUUCAUGCUCUGCCAAACUUUGUAACUGAUGAACAGGAAGUCGUCUCUUACCAUACAAUGGAAGUGCGUUGUCGAGGAGCAGAACUCGAUUUUCAAUAUCGACUUGUUGACGGUGUGGUGGAUUCAUCAUACGCAGCAUACAUAGCCUGCAAAAUGGGAAUACCAUAUGAUGUUGGAGACCGUGCAAAGCAGGUACGCAUUGUUUUUCUGAAGUGA